CACUAGUACCACUACUCUUGUUUAUUUGCCAAACUGCUUUUCAAGUUUAAUUCUCGACCUCUCUUUCUUAGCCUCUUCGCAAACUCUGCAUUUUUGUCCUCGAAACCAUGUUUUAUCUCAUCCUUCUCAAUCUUUCUGAGUUGUUCUUGAUACAAGCGAUUUUGUGAUCAACGCACAUCCCACUUAUUUUCAUCGUAAUUCGCUAGAGGUCCAAACAGAUGAUCAGAGAGGGUUAGGGUUUGAGAGGGUUUCAGAGAGGGUUAGGGUUUGAGAGUAUUGGGAUUGUGAUGGGUAUGACGAUGGUUCAAUUUCUGAUAUUUUUGGCGGGAAUUGGGGUGUGUAUCUAUUUUGGGUCGAAUCACUGACCAUACAGUCCCAGCUGGUGAAGCUUUAAAGUUCCGCGUUUGUCUUGUUCGUUCCGAGAACAGUGAAGAAAUCAAGGGAGAUGAUCUCGUUGUUGGCCUGAAGUUGAUCACAAAAUCGCUUGUAUCAAGCAACAACUCAUGAAGAUUGAGAAGGAUGAGAUAAAACAUGGUUUCAAGGACAAAAAUGCAGAGUUGUGUGAAUGAGGCUAAGAAAGAUGGGUUGAGAAUUAAGCUUGAAAAGCAGUUGGGCAAAGCAGGAAAACUUCGGGAUGUCUUGUCUGGCCUAGAGUCGUCUAUCAAAGAUGCCAUGAGGAAGUUACCAACUCAGUUGUGGUUUUACGCCCGGAAGAAAUAGAGAUCGUUUCUGCAGUGAACACUUGGAUCGGCAGGCAGCUAGGGGUUCUGGUUCCCCGUGGGCCUUUUACGAUACUCUCACCAAUAACCGGCUGACAAGGGUUCGUCCAAGGGCUUCUAUUGUUCAUUACGAGAAAUUACCUACAUAGAAGACGAUCCAGGAAAGGUUCUCAAAUGGUUAGAUAGAUUGGCUGUUCUUAUUGGUGUUGCCAAGGCUGUGCACUUUCUACAUACUGGAAUUAUUCCUGGUUUCUUCAACAAUCGAUUGAAAGCAAGUAAUAUAUUGCGACUGAGCAUCGGAUGGCAAAGCUCAGCGACUACGGAUUCUUCAUUAUAACAGAAGAAACUGACAAUUAUGAGAAAAACGAAGGCGGCCUUAAAUCAUGGCAAAUGAAAUGUCUUGAAGAUGAUGUUUACAGUUUUGGAUUCAUAUUACUCGAGUCACUGAUGGGGCCUUCUGUAUCUGCAAGAAGGGAGGCAAUUUUGCUAAAUGAAAUGGCCUCUUUUGGCAGCCAAGAUGGUCAGGCAAAGGCAGUGGAUCCAAUUGUACUCACCACUAGUUCGCAAGAAUCUCUAUCGAUUGUUCUCUCCAUAACAAACAAGUGAAUUUCUCCUGAUUCAUCAACUCGUCCGUCCUUUGAGGAUGUCCUUUGGAACUUGCAGUAUGCAGCUCAAGUCCAAGUGACAGUAGAUGGCGACCAAAAAUCUGAGACAUUGUUACAUUCAUGAACUGAUUUGCUAUGGAGCAGUUUCAAUACACUGCCAUUUCAUCUCCGAAGUCGCUGAAACAUUGUAGACAAUUUGGCAGAUAUAGCAUGCCAAUAGAAGCAUUGUAAACCCAUGAAUUUGCUGCAACUUGGCUAAAUGAGCUGCUUUCACAACAUUUAUCAUUAGGUUCUGUCACUGAAUUGUAAUACAUAUGGUUCUGUAUUCAUUAGUUACUGCUGAGAAAAGAUCAAAUGUCACCAGACGCAUUAGUAUACCUUGUCAAUUUAGAUUUUCUUCCACUCAACUUCAUUUA